AUGGAAAACACCGUUAAUGGCCACCGUCUCCAACUUCCCGUUCCGUUAAGCUCCACCUUCGGAACCCGUCAAAGCGUCGACACGUCUGAAAUAUCCAAAGAGACGCCGUUAGUCUGCAUGCCCUUCUUUGAAACCAACAGUACUCAGUUUCGUAACGCAACGGUGACGAAACCUUUUAACGUACCAAAUUCGUUCGAUAUCUCUUCUCUUUUCUCUCUUGACCCAAAACCUGAACCUGCAAACCCUCUUCGGGUCAUGGAUGAUUCCAUCGCCGCCGUGGUAGGCGGAAACGUGUUAACCGGUAAUAAAGACAAUGUAUCCGAUCGCUUUUCCGCAACAGAGAUCAACGGUGGGGAAGACGGCGUGAAGCGGUGCCGGAAGAUACCGCAAAAGAAUGGAGGAUUCAGGGGAGUGAGGAAACGGCCGUGGGGGAGGUGGUCGGCGGAGAUAAGAGACAGGAUAGGGCGGUGUAGACAUUGGUUAGGGACGUUCGAUACGGCGGAAGAGGCGGCGCGUGCGUAUGAUGCGGCAGCGUUGAGGCUUAGAGGGACGAAAGCCAAGACCAACUUCUUGGUUCCUCCGGUUUUCCCGGAGGAGAUAGCUCAGACCCAGUGGUCAACGACGGAGGAGAAUAGGUGGAUGGAGAAGAAGAAAAGGGUUAAUGUGAGGAAGUGUGUUAAAGUCACAUCAGUUGCACAGCUGUUUAACGAUGCCAAUACCUUAACUUCGUCUAGUAAUAGUGGAAAUGUGACUAGUAAUUUUAAUAAUCUUGAAAAAAUGGGGUUUGAGCUUGAUUUGAACCUGGGUCUAGGAUUGUUUAGAAAGUGUUAA